UGUUUGUCUCACACACUCUCUCUCUCGCUCCCUCAUCUUUCUAUCACAGUCUCCAGCUCAUGCCUCUACUCUCCCUGGACUCUACGACUGUGUGGCACAUCCUGGUGCACUUACACGCUGGACGAAGGACCUCGUCUCCCUCCUCUCACCAUCUGCACUCUGCUUCUCAAACAGCAGCAGUCCACAACACAAAACAAGGAGAUAAGAAGGAGAAAGUGGAAGCAGAGCAUGGAAGAACAGAAGAACAUCUGAGGAGAAAGUACAGUCUGGAAGUCUGAAGGUAGGAGAAAUUGUUUGGGAAGUACAAGAGAAGAGCGCCAGGAAGUAGAUGGAUGGAUAGGGAGCAAUAAGAAAAGAAGAUGAAAGUUGAAAUUUUAUAAAGAGAAAUUGUUGAAAGAAUGAAACAGGCUGGGUUUAAAAAAAUUAAAUAAAAGGUGAAACUCAGCCAUACUUUAUAUAAAUAGGACACAGCUGGGUUGCAGACAAUAUCAACCACAGAGGAAGAAGGAUAUUAAAUUCUCUAUCAAGAUGUACACCUCCAAUGAGAUAAAAUAGCCGGUGAAAAGGAAAAGAGCAAACCCCUUUUGGAGAUCAAGAGUCAUUGGCGCGUAGCCCUGGCGAUCCACAUGCCUAUCGAAUUUGUCUGUAAAAUCAAGUUUGCCAAGGGCGACGAAGCCCCAACGGAAGGCAGCAAUACCAGAAUGCUAGAUGAAGGCCUUCGGCGGCAAAAAGGUGGCAUGGCUGAUCUGGCAUCAUUCGCUAGCUCCUCCUCCUUACACGGUCUGGCACAGGCACUGGGGAGCUCGGGCUCCGGACGCAUGAGUUUGAGACAGACGCUCUGGGCGCUGGCUCUCUUGGUCUCCGUCAGCCUAUUUCUAUACCAAGCCACAUGUAGCGCGGCGACCUAUCUAGAGCGCCCCCACCUGGCAGCGCUGAAAGAAGAGGCCCGCCGUGAGCUCACCUUCCCCGCCGUCACGCUCUGCAACGUCAACCGCUUUCGCUUUUCUGCACUCACCGAUGCAGACAUCUACCACUUGGCUAAUCUCACCGGCCUACCACCAAAAAGCCGCAAAGGACACCGGCCGAGUGAGCUCCAGUACCCGCCCCCUAACAUGCUUGACAUUUUUCAGCGGACGGGGCACCAGCUUGAAGAUAUGCUGAAGAGUUGCAACUUUAGCGGGCAGAACUGCUCAUCCGAAGACUUCAGCGUGGUUUACACGCGGUAUGGAAAGUGUUACACGUUUAAUGGAAAUAAGACGUCGCCCAAGCGGGUCAGACAGGGAGGCACAGGAAAUGCCCUGGAGCUGAUGCUGGACAUUGAGCAGGAUGAGUAUCUGCCCAUCUGGAGAGAAACCAAUGAGACGACGCUGGAAGCGGGCAUUCGGGUUCAGAUCCACAGUCAGGAUGAACCCCCGUACAUCCACCAGCUGGGCUUUGGGGUCUCUCCGGGAUUCCAAACGUUUGUUUCAUGUCAGGAACAGAGACUAACGUACCUGCCACAGCCGUGGGGAAACUGCCGGGCAUCAUCCGAACCUGUGAUCCCAGGAUAUGACACCUACAGUGUCAGUGCUUGCAGGCUGCACUGUGAAAGCACACAGGUGCAGAGAGAGUGUAACUGCAGGAUGGUGCAUAUGCCAGGCACUGCUGAUAUCUGCACACCCAGGAAAAUCAAGUGUGUUGACAAGGCGUUAGCUUUACUCCAAAAAAGCACAGGUGACUCAUGUCCCUGUGAGACACCGUGCAAUAUGACUCGCUAUGGAAAAGAGCUCUCCAUGGUCAAAAUCCCCAGCAGGGGAUCUGCUCGCUACCUUUCUCGCAAAUACCAGAAAUCGGAGGAAUACAUCAGAGACAACUUUCUUAUAUUGGAUAUUUUCUUCGAAGCCCUAAACUAUGAGACAAUUGAACAGAAGAAAGCGUAUGACAUUGCCGGGCUGUUAGGAGAUAUCGGCGGACAGAUGGGGCUUUUCAUUGGGGCCAGUAUUCUAACUAUACUGGAAAUACUUGACUAUAUCUAUGAGGUGAUCAAAUACAAAAUCAAGCGACUUUUGAAACCAAAGACAAAUCAGAAACAACAAAACCAACGAAACUUAAUCCAAGAACAAAUCCAGAGAACGAAAAACCUUCGAGAACAAAAUCUGAGAGCCCAUCUGACUACAGGAACUAUUGCUACAGUCAGAUUUGAAGAAGUUAAAGUCAAGGCAGCUAAUGAUGUAACAAUGGCUCAACCACACAGUGCACAUCCAACUUCAAUAUUACCAAACCAUCAUAAUGCAUCAGUGGUACAUCAGGAAUUCUCUUGCUAAGGGAUGUCUCCUUCUCUCUGUUACUUUUUUCAAAUCACUAAACUUUAAAUUGAGAUCAUGAAUACAUUUAUUUCUUUUUCACGAAGUAAAGCUACAGCCAAAGUCUGAUCCAGGACCUCACGUGAAAAAUUCACAAUGCAUCAUGUUCUCAUUGUUCCAGAAAAAAACAGAAGAAAUCACACAAUGUGUUUCACGUGCACUUUUGUUGCGUCAGAUUUUCUGUUUUUGUAUCAUAUCCAUCUAGGUCAAGUUAUUUUCCUGAUCGCCUGGGUGAACCUGUAGCAUGGAUUUGAAAUCGAGGAAAAAUGAGGAGCUCAGAUGCAAAACCCUCCAAGUGAAAUCAUGUUUUCUUGUAAAUAAGCAUUUUAUAUCAGACAUGGAUUCUGCCAACAAACCAGUAUUUCUGAAUAGCCUGAAGGCAGGGUUUAGCAGAUAUAUAUCUAUGUU